CUGACCCAUCAACUCGUUUUGACCGAGGGCUUAUUCCUCCUUCCACGACGUACUCCUUGCAGUCGAUAGAUCUCUCUCGAUUGACCCCCUAAUUUUUGACUAAAAUUAAGAUCAGAUGGCGAAAUUGUUCUGGUUGGAGGCCGUUCUUCCUCUUGGUAUCAUCGCCGGAAUGCUUUGCGUGAUGGGCAACGCGCAGUAUUACAUCCACGAAGCCGCUCAUGGAAGACCAAAGCACAUUGGGAACGAUAUGUGGGAUGUGGCUAUGGAGAGGAGGGACAGGAAGAUCGUGGAGCACUACUCCGCUGCCGGGAAUUAGGUCGGCUCCUGCCAAUAGGUUAUAGCAUACUGAUUGAACAGUCAUCUUUGUUGAAAAUAAUAUUCCUUAAAGCUCAGAGACGAUAUUCUUUCAGGUUUUUUGAACCAUUUCUCUUUUCAUGUCCUUGUCCCUGAUGCAUUUCAGGAGCCUCUCAAAUAUGAUAUGCAAGAUCUGUACACCUUUGUUUGGAUGUUCGAGACGUUGUUAAUCGAGGACUGGCCUUUCUUUUCAAGAUAAAGAGAAAGAACUAGUUUAUGGCUACA